AUGAGAAACGUUUCAAAGAAGAAAUUUUUAACCUGUUUCCGUCCUGGGGAUGAUAUGGAUGCCAUCCUUCAACCUAGGGCUGUCGUGGAUCGCUCCUCUAGUCGUCGUUUCGCCUGCAUCCCCGUGGCAGACAGACAUGACACCAAUAGUUCAGCCACCAAAGCCACGUUUUCUAAGAACCCAAGCACACGCAGGAAAAAUCUCGAUAGCCAAAAUUGUUUUGGAUCAAAGCGUGGUUAUUCGGCAUACACAGAGAGUUCAUCAACCUGUGAUGAGAAACAAGUUUUUAUGGAGUCUAAAAUUAAAAAAAUCAAGCCCCCUGAAUGGUCUUCGACGAUUUCAUCUUCAAACUCACCCGUGUCUGAAUCAAAGAAUAUAUCCAAGAGUGAUUCCACUAAAAAGCAAGAAGAGAAGCAAAAUAAGUUUCAGUGCGUAGGAAUAUACUGGGUUCUCGUAAGCUUAGUAGUUACGGUUUUUUGGGAGGUUCCCAAGUUGCGGAACGUGGACUCCAAAGGCUACAAGAAUUGCCGUAGAGACCGUAGUGGAAGGAGUGGUCGGAGUAAGGAACUUUCAUAA